AUAAACAGGGUAGGAUACCAACUUUUAAGCUAAUAGAUUUCUGUGCUGUUGAUCUGUGUCUACUGCUUGUGUUCAACUCUGAAGAAGAGAAAGAAGAAGCCCUUCUAGCAAAAAAGAAGGCACUGACUUGUGACAUCAUUCGUCUCAGGGAAUUGCAUGAAGGUUUAAUGGCAAAGUGUCCACAUCUACGGUUUGAAUACAGGCAUCCAGAAAAAAAUUGGAAUGAAAGCAAAGUGAAAGGCCUGAUUAUGUCUCUUUUCACUGUGGAAGAUCUAUCCAAAGCAAUAGCCCUGGAAGCAGUGGCUGGAGCAAAACUCUUUAACAUUGUUGUGGACACAGUGGAUACUGGCAAAAAGCUGUUAAAAGGUGGUUGCCUAAAGACUCGAUACACCAUCAUUCCACUAAAUCAGAUUUCAUUCAGGAAGGUGCAACCAAACGUAAUCAAGUUGGCUGAAAGCUUGGCUGGUUCUGAUAAAUUGUGUUUAGCCAUUUCACUAAUUGUAUAUGAACCUGAACUGCAUGUUGCAAUGGAAUAUGUCUUUGGAACAACACUGAUCUGCAACGACAUGGAUAUUGCUAAGGAAGUGACCUUUGACAGAAGGAUAAUGAUGCGAAGUGUUACGCUUGAUGGAGAUGUGUUUGACCCCCAAGGCGUUGUGCAUGGAGGUGCAUCCUCACAGUCUGCAGCAAUCCUGCCUAAGCUUCAAGCAAUAAAAAAGGUUGAAGUAGAAAUCCAGGAAAAGGAAACUGAACUUAAGGCUGUAGAGAAGGAGUUGGCGAUCUUGAAGAAUGUUUCUGAAAAGUACAGGCAACUGAAGCAGCAAUGGGAGAUGCAGGCAGAGAAUGCAGAGCUGUUGCAGAAGAAGCUUCAUCAAAGCGCGUAUCACAAACAAGAGGAAGAGCUGCUUGCCCUGAAGAAAACAAUUGCCGAGUAUGAAGAGACAUUAAACAAAGCUAAAGAGAGCAAAAAGAAAGCAGAAGACAAAUACAAGGCUUUAGAGGAUAAAAUGAAAAAUGCAGAAGCAGAAUGUGUAAAUGAGCGAAAGAUUGCUGAGCAGAAAAUACAUCAUGCCAAGAAAAAGGCAGUUGCUUCAAGCAAAAAAGUAAAGGAUAUGCAGCAGAAAUUUGCAGCUUUAGUUCUGGAACUUGAAGAGCUGAAACAAGAACAGGCCUCCUGUAAACAACAGAUAGUGGCUGUAGAGGAAGCAAUCAAAUCCUACCAGGAGCAAGUUGAUGCUAUGGCAGCUGAGAUGCCAUUUUUCGAGGAAGCUGUAAAGAAUUCACAGAAGGUGUUGACCGAGCUAAAGAAAGAAAUUGCAUUGUAUGAUAAUGGAAUUAAAGCCAAAUCUACAGAGGUGGCACAGUGUAGAGAACAAAAUAAUAAAUCACAGCUUAAGAUUAAAGAAUUAGAACACAAGGUGACCCAAUGUAAAGAAGAGACUGCUGAGGCUGCUGAGAAGGUGGUCAAAAUGCUGAAAACGUACAAGUGGAUAGCUUCAGAGAAAAAAUACUUUGGUCAGCCAAACACAAACUAUGAUUUCAACAGUCUCAAGCCUGAAGCUGUAAGUCAGGAGCUGCAAAAAUUGAAGGAACAUAAAGAGAAGUUGAGAAGAAAUGUGAACAUAAGAGCUCCAGCCAGGCUUACUGAAACAGAGGACAGGUUCAAGGACCUAUUGGAGAAAAGAAAUAUUGUAGAGAAGGACAAGAUGAUGAUUCUCCAAACUAUUAAAGAGCUUGACCAGAAGAAAAAUGAAGCUUUAGAUGUUGCUUGGAAAAAGGUGAAUGCUGACUUUGGCUCAAUUUUCUCAACACUCCUACCAGGAGCCAAAGCUAAGCUAACAGCCUCUAAAACUCAGAAUGUCUUCAAAGGUAUGGAGUUCAAAGUUGCCUUAGGAAACACUUGGAAGGAAAACUUAAUGGAACUUAGUGGAGGUCAAAGGUUG